AUGUCUCACCAGAGAAAGCAGCCCACUCCCCAGCCCCCAGUGGGCUUUGGGAAGACAUCAGGCGGCGGCGGCAGCGGCGGCUGUGGCUACCAAGGUGGUGGUGGCGGCGGCGGCGGCGGCGGCUUCGGGGGCUGCGGUGGUGGAGGCUCCGGUGGUGGCAGCGGCGGCAGCUCCGGAGGAAGUGUCAAGUACUCAGGAGGAGGCGGCAGCUCCGGCUGCGGCGGCGGCUCCUCCGGGGGCGGCGGCAGCGGCUCCAGCUGCAGUGGUGGCUCCGGAGGGAGCGUCAAGUACUACGGGGGCGGUGGCGGCUCCGGUUUCUGUGGCAGCUCCUCCGGGGGCGGCAGCGCCUGCUUCUCCUCUGGAGGUGGCGGCGGCUCCGGUUUCUGCGGCAGUUCCUCUGGUGGCGGCGGCUCCGGUUUCUGCGGCGGCUCCUCCGGCGGCGGAGGCAGCUCCUCCGGCCAAGCGGUCCAGUGCCAGAGUUACGGAGACGGUUCGGGUAGCGGCGGGGGCUCCUCGGGCGGUGGCUCCGGCUGCGGCUCCUCGGGCGGCGGCAGCGGCUGCGGCUCCUUCCCGCAGCAGAGCGCCCAGACCGGGUGCGCACCCCCUCAGGGCUACGGAGGGGGCCACUCCUCCGGCAGCGGCUCCGGCUCCAGCUGUGGCUACUCCGGCGGCUCCGGCUGCAGCGGGAGCUCCUCGGGCGGUGGCUCCGGCUGCGGCUACUCCGGCGGCGGCAGCGGCAGCGGCUCCUUCCCGCAGCAGAGCGCCCAGAGCGGGUGCUCGCCCCCUCAGGGCCAGGGAGAGUGCAAGUCCGCCGCCGGCGGCUCUUCCGGGGGCAGCGGCUGCUUCUCCAGCGGCGGCGGCGGCGGCUCUGGGGGCGGCAGCGGCUGCUUCUCCAGCGGCGCCUCUGGCUGCGGAGGUGGUUCCUCCGGGGGCGGCGGCGCCUCCGGCUGUGGGGGCGGCUCCUCAGGGGGUGGCUCUGGGGGUGGCUCCGGGAGUGGCAAGGGCGUCCCUGUGUGCCACCAGACCCAGCAGAAGCAGGCGCCUACCUGGCCAUGCAAAUAA